CAGCUAAUGGGGUAGCACCCUAAGGGAGGAGUAUUUGUAGAUCGCGAUGUCUCACUUCUUCCAGGCCCUGUGCAAUAAACCCACAGCAAGGACGGGCGGGGCAGGCGUUAAAGAGAAGGACUUGCACCAAUGGGGUCUGACAGGUAUCCAACUCCGUUCCUACCAAAUGGAAGGAGUAAAGUGGCUAGUACAGUGCUACGACAUUCAGCACGGCUGCAUCCUGGGUGACGAGAUGGGUCUCGGAAAGACUUGUCAGACUAUUGCUCUGCUUGUUUAUUUGACUGGAAAGUUAAACAAAAGGCCAUUUCUGAUUCUUUGUCCUCUAUCUGUGUUGAGCAACUGGAAGGAGGAGCUGGAGAGAUUUGCUCCAGGUCUUUCCUAUGUGGCAUAUGCAGGAGACAAGGAGGAAAGGGCCAAGCUGCAAUGGGACCUGAAAGCGCAUUCUCAUUUCCACGUGCUGUUAACUACAUAUGAGAUUUGCCUGAAAGAUGGAGCAUUUCUAAAAUUUUUUAACUGGGCUGCUCUGGUUGUGGAUGAAGCCCAGAGACUGAAAAACCAGAAUUCACUGCUGCACAAGACCCUUUCAGAGGUAUUUCAGUUUUCAGUGGGCUUCAGUCUCCUCCUCACCGGUACUCCUGUUCAGAACAAUCUCCAGGAGCUGUACUCCCUACUCAGUUUUAUUGAGCCUGACCUCUUUCCUAAAGAGCAAGUGGAAGAGUUUGUUCAGUGUUACCAUGGGAUUGAAAAGGAGAGCAAGUCAGCCAAAGAAUUGCACAGUCUUCUGCAGCCCUUCUUGCUUAGGAGGGUGAAGGCUGAGGUCGCAGCAGAGCUGCCUAAGAAGGUGGAAGUGGUUCUGUAUCAUGGGAUGUCAGCCCUGCAGAGAAAAUACUACAAGGCUAUUUUGAUGAAAGAUCUAGAUGCAUUUGAAAAUGAAGCAGGAAGGAAGGUUAAACUUCAGAAUGUCUUAAUUCAGCUUCGAAAGUGUGUAGCCCAUCCAUACCUGUUCAGUGGUGUCGAACCAGAGCCCUUUGAAAUUGGAGACCACCUCAUAGAAGCCAGUGGGAAGCUGUGCUUGUUAGACAAACUCCUUUCUUUCUUGUAUGCCGGUGGUCAUCGGGUCUUGCUGUUUUCUCAGAUGACUCGGAUGCUGGAUAUUCUGCAAGACUACAUGGACUAUAGAGGCUACAGCUAUGAGCGGCUGGAUGGAUCUGUCAGAGGGGAAGAGAGGCACCUGGCCAUUAAGAAUUUUGGUCAGCAGCCCAUUUUUAUUUUCCUGCUGAGCACCAGGGCAGGUGGCGUCGGCAUGAAUCUAACUGCAGCGGAUACAGUUAUUUUUGUUGACAGUGAUUUUAACCCACAAAAUGACUUGCAAGCCACAGCGAGAGCUCACAGGAUUGGCCAGAACAAGCCUGUAAAAAUUAUCCGCUUGAUUGGACGGGACACUGUAGAAGAAAUAAUCUACCGUCGAGCUGCGUCGAAGCUCCAGUUUACAAACACCGUUAUCGAAGGGGGGCAGUUUGCUCUCGGAGUACCCAAGUGCCAGGAAGCAGCAGACAUGCAGCUGAGUGAAAUCCUGAAGUUUGGUUUGGAUAAGCUGCUCUCUUCAGAGGGGAGCACCAUCCAGGAUGUGGAGCUGGAAAAUAUCCUUGGAGAGACAAAAGAAGGAAUGUGGGUAAUGGAUGUUGUGCUACCAAGUGAAGAAGAAAGCGGAGUGCAAGAUACAGAAAAUCAUAUGUACCUCUAUGAAGGCAAAGAUUAUUCGAAAGACCCGAGCAGAGAAGACAGAAGAGCAUUUGACCAGCUUUUGGAUCUUCAGAAAGUCCUUGAAGAGACCAAUCAAGAAGGAAGAGCCCUCCGAAAUAAAGCAAAUGUACUUGUCACGGGUCUUCAGGAGGUGUCUACCAGGAGGAAGCAUGCACUGAGCCCAGAAGAGCUGGAGGCCAGGAGGAGGAAACGACAGGAGGCAGCAGCAAAGAGAGCACGGCUCAUGGAAGAAAAGAAACAGAAGCAAACAGAAGCUGAACACAAGAAAAAGAUGGCCUGGUGGGAGGCAAAUCACUACAGAUCCCCCUGUCUGCCCUCAGAGGAGAGCGACUCAGAGGAUGCCUUUGAGGAGGGGGAGGACAGGCUGGUUGUGGAGUUAGAUGACACAGACCCAGAGCUGAACUCCAUCAAGUAUGUGAUGGGUGACGUUACCCACCCCAGAGCCGAAGAGGAGGAUGCGAUCAUCGUCCAUUGCAUAGAUGAUUCUGGCCGGUGGGGAAGGGGAGGAUUAUUUACAGCUCUGGAGGUUCGUUCUGAUCAGCCCAGGAAAAUAUACGAGCUGGCAGGAAGGAUGAAAGAUGUGGCAUUGGGAAGAACCCUCUUAUUCCCCAUUGACGAUAAAGAAUCCAGAAAUAAAGGCCAGGACUUGUUGGCCCUGAUUGUAGCACAGCACCGGGAUCGGUCCAACAACUUGUCUGGCAUUAAGCUGUCCGCUUUGGAAGCCGGCUUAAAGAAGAUCUAUUUAGCAGCCAAGAAAAGGAAUGCAAGCGUCCAUCUUCCACGUAUUGGACAUGCAACUAAGGGAUUUAACUGGUAUGGUACUGAGCGGCUCAUCCGAAAAUAUUUGGCAACGAGAGGAAUCCCCACGUUUAUAUACUACUUCCCUAGGAAUAAAGCCUCUUCCUCUUCUUCACAACCAUCUACAACUUCAAUGACAACCUCAAACCCUUGAAGUUCCAAUGAUUUAACUCAGAAGUGUACUGAUCUCUAAAAGCCCAUGAUCUCUUCAGCAUCACAUCUACAGCCAGCCUGUAUUUAUGUCACUUCUCUGAAGCAGAUCCAAAGUCACUGUUGGUUUUCAGAUUUCUGUACCUCUAUAGUUCAGAGUGGUUUUUAUAUUAGUUAUGGAACUGAGCUGCAUUCAAACUUCUUCAAACUUCAGGAAAUACAUGCAUCUGGGGUGUUUGUUUGGGCCCAUGUCUAGUUUUUAAGAUGGAAAAUUAAACCUUCACUAAAGACCAAUCUUAAGCCCUUAUUUUAAACCACCAUCUUAAAUUAUUCUCAGGGUUUGCAGUACAGUUUUGUUUGACUUUUGCUUCAAAACCUUAUCUCUUGUUUACAACACUGAUUUUUCUGCUGGUUGUUUGGUGGCUGCUUGAGACAGUUUGGGUGGGUGGGGCUCUAGCUAUCCCUAACAAAUAUGUAGACACACAC